AUGUUGAGAUUAUGGUUCAGUUAUCUUCAUUUGAUGGAGCUGUUUAAGCCUAAUAUGAAUGUUGUCGAGGUUAAAGAUAAAUUUACCCUUGAUGAAAAUCUAUCCAAAUUUGGGGAUGAUCUUCCUCCUAUUGUUUUGGUUCAUGGAAUUUUUGGAUUUGGCAAAGGGAGGUUGGGUGGUUUGUCAUACUUUGCUGGAGCAGAGAAGAAAGACGAAAGGGUUCUUGUUCCUGAUUUAGGGUCUUUGACAAGUAUUUAUGAUAGGGCAAGGGAAUUGUUCUAUUAUUUAAAAGGAGGACAAGUUGAUUAUGGUGAAGAACACAGCAAGGAGUGUGGACACUCGCAGUUUGGAAGAAUCUAUGAACAAGGGCAUUAUUCUGAGUGGGAUGAGGAUCACCCUCUUCAUUUUGUGGGACAUUCUGCUGGAGCACAGGUUGUUCGUGUUUUGCAACAAAUGCUUGCUGAUAAGGCAUUCAAGGGAUAUGAACACACUUCAGAAAACUGGGUGAUAAGCAUCACAUCCUUAUCCGGGGCAUUUAAUGGUACUACAAGGACAUACUUUGAUGGCAUUCAGCCGGAAGAUGGGAAAACAUUGAAACCUAUUUGCCUGCUACAGCUUUGCCGAAUUGGGGUGAUACUAUAUGAUUGGUUAGACAUUGCCUGGUUGAAAAACUACUACAAUUUUGGUUUUGAUCACUUCAAGAUGUCAUGGAGAAAGAUUGGUGUAUGGGGUCUUGUUGAUUGCCUUAUGGGGAAUUCAGGUCCAUUUGCAUCCGAGGAUUGGAUCCUUCCCGAUCUUUCAAUUCAAGGGUCUAUAAAAAUCAACUACCGUCUGCAAACAUUCCCAAACACAUACUACUUUAGCUACGCGACCAAGCAGACAAGGAAGAUCAUGGGCAUAACGUCUCCUUCAAGCAUACUCGGAGUUCAUCCUUUGCUUUUCAUAAGAGUAUUGCAAAUGAGCCAGUGGACUCAUCCUUCAGAUGUUUCUCCCCCUUAUAAAGGAUACAGGGACGAGGACUGGCAAGACAAUGAUGGAGCACUAAACACAAUAUCGAUGACUCAUCCUCGAUUCCCGAUAGAACACCCCAACCGUUUUGUGGAAAAGGAUUCAGAUUGCCAACCCAUGCAACCUGGCAUCUGGUACUACAAAUAUGUGGAGGGUGAUCAUGUACUAUUCAUUAUUAAUCGCGAGAGAGCAGGUGUGCAGUUUGAUUUGAUCUAUGACAGUAUUUUCGAACGCUGCAGGAAGCAUGUAUUUCGAAAGAAGCUUCCAACAUUGCCUAAUGAAAUCCAUCACUAG